UUGGCUACGGCUGUUUGUACCAAGGCUGGAAAGGCAAUUGUGUCACGCCAGUUUGUGGAAAUGUCAAGGACCCGAAUUGAAGGCUUGUUGGCAGCAUUCCCUAAACUAAUGAACAUGGGGAAACAGCACACAUUUGUGGAAACGGAGAGUGUGCGGUACGUUUACCAACCACUGGAAAAACUCUACAUGGUGUUGAUCACAACCAAAAAUAGUAACAUCUUGGAAGAUUUGGAAACACUACGACUAUUCUCUCGAGUGAUUCCAGAGUACUGUAGAGUUCUGGAAGAGAGUGAGAUCUCAGAACAUUGUUUUGAUCUCAUCUUCGCCUUUGAUGAAAUUGUGGCACUCGGUUACCGUGAGAAUGUCAAUCUAGUCCAGAUCAGAACAUUCACAGAAAUGGAUUCCCAUGAAGAAAAGGUUUUCCGUGCUGUUCGAGAGACACAAGAGUGUGAAGCAAGAGCGGAAAUGCGCCGAAAGGCAAAAGAAUUACAGCAAGCUCGUAGAGAUGCAGAAAAGCUAGGCAAGAAAACUAGCUUUGCGUUUAUCAGUGGUGGAAUCUCAAGCAGCUCUGUAGCUUCCAUGAUUACAGACACCAUCAUUGAACCAGAGAAGCCAAAGAUGACACCAACAGUAAUGAGACCUUCUGGUCCAAGCAAAGCCUUAAAACUUGGAGCAAAAGGAAAAGAUGUGGAGAAUUUUGUAGAUAAGCUAAAAUUAGAAGGAGAGCAAAUCAGUUCAUCAACAAAAUGUUCAUCAGAAGUGAGUAAAGUGCUGUCACCUCCUGCUAAUGUAGAAAGUGUACAUCUAAAGAUCGAAGAGAAGAUAGUAUUGGUAUGUGAUCGGGAUGGUGGUUUGCAAAACAUGGAGAUACAUGGCAUGAUCAUGCUACGAGUUACAGAUGAAAAGCAGGGAAGAAUUCGCCUUCAGGUGGAGAAUGAUGAUAAAAAGGAUAUUCAGCUACAGACUCACCCAAAUGUAGAUAAGAAGCUUUUCACUACAGAAUCAUCAAUUGGUUUAAAGAAUCCUGAGAAAUCAUUCCCUCUGAAUAAUGAUGUUGGCAUUCUAAAGUGGAGAUUGCAAACUACUGAUGAUGCCUUUAUUCCCCUUACAAUUAAUUGUUGGCCUUCCGAGAGUGCUACUGGCUGUGAUGUAAAUAUUGAGUACGAGUUACAGGAAAACAGUCUGGAACUAAAUGAUGUUAUUAUCUCUAUUCCACUACCGGCUGGUCCUGGGACUCUGUUGAUUAGCGAAUUGGAAGGAGAAUAUCGCCAUGACAACCGGAAAAACAUACUGGAGUGGUGCCUGCCAGUCAUAGAUGCCAAAAACAAAUCUGGUAGUAUGGAAUUCAGUUUUCCAGGACACCCGAAUGAUUUCUUUCCAAUUCAUGUUUCCUUUGUUUCUAAAAAGAACUACUGCAAUAUACAGGUGAGUGGAGUAAAUCAUGUUGACAGCAACAGUCCAGUGAGGUUCUCUCUGGAAACCAUGUUUUUGGUUGACAGGUAUGAAAUUCUGUAA